CUACUCAGAGGCGAAAACCGAUUGGUAGUAGGUGACUUCAAUGCGCACCACGAUCUUUGGCACUCAAGCCUGGCCAAUGAUCGGAGGGGAAACAGUUUGGCUGAGCAGAUAGACGAUUCGACAUUCUGCACCAUGAACGACGACGCCCCCACCAGGAUUGUGGGCAGCUGCAGCAACUCGCCAGACGUAACAAUUGCUAGCGCUGGUCUGAUAAAUAGCAUAUCAUGGCGACCUAUGCUAACGUUAGCAUCAGACCAUCUGCCCAUAAUCAUCUCGAUCAAUAAGCCCACCGACUUUGCUCCCGCGGAUCACCGAACCUACACCAACUUCAACAAAGCUGAUUGGAACGGCUUCGCGGAAGUUACCGAGAGCAGCUUCGCCGCCCUCCCCACACCCACAGACGUACAUGCUGGCGAACGCCAGUUCCGCAAGGUAGUCACAGCCGCAGCAGCUCGCUUCAUACCGUCCGGACGCAUCGCGGAAGUCCGCCCAAAUUUCCCGGCUGAAGCAGCUGUCGACCCCGGGGACCCUCGCUUGAGGGAACUUAAUUUGGAGACUCGGCAACUGGUAAAUCAACACAAGCGGACAAAGUGGGAAGAGCACUUGAAGGCCUGUAACUUCACCUCUGGUGUGAGUAAGCUCUGGUCAACCGUGAGGUCCUUGUCCAACCCGACGAAGCGUGAUGACAGAGUGGAAAUUUCAUUCGAAGGUCACGCCUCAUCGGACCCGAAGAAAUGCGCAAACUAUUUCAGUCGGCAAUUCACACUGCAUCCUUCG